AGAGCCCGGCCAUCUUCAUGUGUAAGUGCUGUAACCUCUUCUCACCGAGCCGGCUGGAGCUCCUGUCCCACGUGUCUGAGAAGCACGCAGAAGAAGGGGUCAGUGUUGACGAGAUCAUCAUUCCCCUGAGGCCUCUGAGUACUCCCGAACCCACCAACCCCAGCAAAGCGGGAGAUGAGACGGUGGUCAUGAAGAGGAAGAGAGGCAGGCCUAAGGGGUCCACCAAGAAGCCCAGCGCCGAGGAGGAGCUGGCGGAACCCGUGGCCAUCCAGAGCGAGGCCUGCCCGCUGGCCCUGGAGGAGGCCCGAGGCCCGGCCCCCAGCCGCCUGCAAUGCCCCAAGUGCUCGCGGAAGUUCUCCAGCUUGAGGCAGCUGAGCAAGCACAUCUGCAUCGCCCUGCUGGACCUGGGCCAGGACGAGCGCCACGCAGGUAAUGAAUCUGACCUCGAACUGGAAAAGAAGUGUAAGGAAGAAGAUCGAGAAAAGGCUCCGAGGAGACCGCGGACGCAGAGGACAGAGAAAGUCCAGAGGAUCCCCUCGGGCAAGGAGGCUGUGCAGGUGUCCGGAGCGAAGAAACCCAUCGUCAGCGUGCUUUUAACUGCACACGAAGCUAUUCCAGGUGCUACCAAGAUUGUUCCCGUGGAAGCUGGGCCCCCAGAAACAGGAACCACACACCCCGAGGCCACCCCGGCCGACCUGGCGCCUCGGAGAGGGUACCAGGAGUACGCCAUUCAGCAGACGCCGUACGAGCAGCCCAUGAAGUCAAGCAGGCUCGGGCCCACCCAGCUGAAGAUCUUCACCUGCGAGUACUGCAACAAGGUGUUCAAGUUCAAGCACUCGCUGCAGGCGCACCUGAGGACGCACACGAAGGAGAAGCCGUACAGCUGCUCCCACUGCAGCUACGCCAGCGCCAUCAAGGCCAACCUCAACGUGCACCUGCGCAAGCACACGGGCGAGAAGUUCUCCUGCGGCGACUGCUCCUUCACCUGCCUGAGCAAGGGCCACCUCAAGGUGCACAUCGAGCGGGUGCACAAGAAGAUCAAGCAGCACUGCGGCUUCUGCAAGAAGAAGUACUCCGACGUGAAGAACCUCAUCAAGCACGUGCGCGACGUGCACGACCCCCAGGACCAGCGGGUCAAGGAGGCCCUGGACGGGCUCUGCCUGCUGACCAGGGAGGGCAAGCGGCAGCUGCUUUACGACUGCCACGUCUGUGAGCGGAAGUUCAAGAACGAGCUGGACCGCGACCGCCACAUGCUGGUGCACGGCGACAAGUGGCCCUUCGCCUGCGAGCUCUGUGGCCACGGGGCCACCAAGUACCAGGCGCUGGAGCUGCACGUCAGGAAGCACCCCUUCGUGUACGUCUGCGCCAUCUGCCGCAAGAAGCUCGUCAGCUCCAUCCGGCUGCGCGCCCACAUCCGGGAGGCGCACGGGGCGGCCCAGGAGCCCGCGGUCUUCACCAGCUCCAUCAACCAGAGCUUCUGCCUCCUGGAGCCCGGCGGGGACGGCCCGCAGGAAGCCUUGGGCGGCUCGCUGCAGCUGGCGGGGGAGGAGUUUGCGUUCCAGGGGGUCAGGGCCCCCAAGGAGGCAGCCUGCCCCGGGGACCCGGGGCCCGAGGGGGGACAGAAGGAGCCGGAGGCCCCGCUGGAGGUGCCGGUCCCGGCCGUGCACUUAGCCCCCCCCUCCCAGGCCAGGAGCCCGGCCCUGCCCCUCUGUGAGCUGGAGGCCGUGGUGGUCUCCUCGGACCUUCACUCCCACGUGGUGGUUUCAGAGGAGCUGCUGUUGAAAAGCGGUGCCUCCUCCACCGAGGCUCCCGCUGCCCCUGAGCAGACCCUGGAUGCCCAGCCCGCAGGCCCCACCCCGACGCAGGGCCAGGAAGUCGCCCUUCUGCUGCCCGAGGCCACAGGCCCUGCCAAAAACCAGGAGACCCAUGGAGCCGAGAGCCCCCCAGGGGAAGGGCGGAAGGCCGCCGCCCCCCUGUCCAACGGGCCAGAGCCCAGCAGGUGUCUCAGGUCAGCGGAAGCCCCGGACCUCCCUCCGGGCGCCGGUGAGGGGGACCCAGCCCCGCACCCACCUGACCUCCACAUGCCUGUCCCUGAACACCGGGCCAACAUGAACGCGUUCAUGAGGAUCCUGGACAGUCUGCACAAGAGGCGGAUGGACACCGGCCUUUGCGAGAGGAUCCGGAAGGUGUAUGGAGACCUGGAGUGUGAAUACUGUGGCAAACUUUUUUGGUACCAAGUGCAUUUUGACAUGCAUGUCCGCACCCACACCCGGGAACAUCUGUAUUAUUGCUCCCAGUGUCAUUAUUCUUCCAUCACCAAAAACUGCCUUAAACGCCAUGUAAUUCAGAAACACAGCAACGUCUUGCUGAAGUGCCCCACUGACGGCUGUGACUACUCGACUCCAGAUAAAUAUAAGCUGCAGGCCCACCUUAAAGGCCACACUGAGCUGGACAAAAGGAGCUAUUCUUGCCCUGUGUGUGAAAAGUCUUUUUCAGAAGAUCGGUUGAUCAAGUCGCAUAUCAAGACGAACCAUCCAGAGGUCUCCAUGAGCACCAUCUCCGAGGUGCUUGGGAGGAGGGUGCAGCUGAAAGGGCUGAUCGGGAAGAGAGCCAUGAAGUGCCCGCACUGCGACUUCUACUUCAUGAAGAACGGCUCCGACCUCCAGCGGCACAUCUGGGCUCACGAGGGUGUGAAGCCCUUCAAGUGCUCGCUGUGUGAGUACGCCACGCGCAGCAAGAGCAACCUCAAGGCCCACAUGAACCGCCACAGCGCCGAGAAAACCCACCUGUGCGACCUGUGCGGCAAGAGGUUCAAGUCGAAAGGGACGUUGAAAAGUCACAAGCUCCUUCACACUGCAGACGGGAAGCAGUUUAAGUGCACGGUGUGUGACUACACGGCAGCCCAGAAGCCACAGCUGCUGCGGCACAUGGAGCAGCAUGCCUCGUUCAAGCCUUUCCGCUGCGCCCACUGCCACUACUCCUGCAACAUAUCGGGCUCGCUGAAGAGGCACUACAACCGGAAGCACCCCAACGAGGAGUACGCCAACGUGGGCGCUGGGGAGCUGGCGGCCGACGCGCUCGUCCAGCAAGGUGGUCUGAAGUGCCCGGUUUGCAGCUUUGUCUACGGCACCAAGUGGGAGUUCAACAGGCACUUGAAGAACAAGCACGGCCUGAAGCUGGUGGACAGUGACGGAGAGCCCAAGUGGGAGCCAGCAACAGAGACUCCCGAGGAGCCCUGCACCCAGUACCUGCACAUCACAGAAGCCGAGGAGGACGUGCAGGGGACGCAGGCCGCCGUGGCCGCCCUCCAGGACCUGAGAUACACCUCGGAGAGCGGUGACCGGCUGGACCCCACAGCUGUGAACAUCCUGCAGCAGAUCAUUGAGCUCGGCGCCGAGACCCACGACGCCACGGCGGUGGCCUCCGUGGUCGCCAUGGCUCCGGGGACGGUGACUGUCGUGAAGCAGAAAUUCCAGCUUUGCCACUAACAACCCAUCUCUCCA